CCAGCACGGAACUUCUUUGAGAUUGCCAUUAUCUGUACACGCUUUGCUGAGUAUAACGCAAUUUGUCUCCUCUUUGACAAAUUUUGGGACGACUAUCGCAUGCCGUAUAGGUUUGAAGAAAACAUUUAUAUCGCUGGACAAGUUAAGAAGCACAACGUCGUGCUCGCUCUCCUACCUCAAUCGGAAAAAUUAACUGCUGCAACUGCUAUGGCGCAUUUCCGGCUCAUCUACCCAUCUUUGAAGCUCUUUCUUUUGGUUGGCAUCUGCGGAGGUGUGCCGAACUUUAAAUGCUGCGGAAGGAAGGUCAAACCAUUGCUAGGAGAUGUUGUCAUCAGCCAUAGCGUUGUUGAGUACCAGAUUGGGAGCACCAACGAAUUCACCCGCAAAGACAGCCUAGUUGAUCGUCACGACAAUUCACGCACAAUAUCAAGCUGUGUGUGUAAUUGUUUCGGCACAAAGAAAGAUCGAGAAAUCCUGCAAAAGACCACAGCGAAAUUUCUGAUCGAAAUCCAGGCCAACGCAAAGGACAGAGAAGAGUGGGCUGGUGAAGCCAUGUUCAAGUACAGCUAUCCAGGAACAGCCGCUGAUCGACUUUUUAAACCAGACUACCUUCAUAAGCACCGCACCAGGUUCAGCAAUUGUAGUGAAUGUAAAGGCGGGCCUGAUGUUAUUUGUGACGGGGCUCGCCAAGCUUCCUGCAAAGAGACUGGAUGUGAUGAGGGGCAACUUAUCUUCCGCACAUCCCUCAAGAAAAAGCAGGCUUUUGAACAAAUAAGUCGCUUCGCGGCUCAGAAACCCAAAAUUCACCUUGAGCCGAUUGCGUCGAAUAGCAUUGUCAUAAAGAAUGGACUGGAAAGAGACAAAAUAUCCAAAGAACAAGGGGUUAUUGCUUUCGACAUGGGCGGCUCCUGGGAAAUGAAAAUGAUACCACACGUCUAUAUCAAGGGUAUUUGUGACUAUGCUGAUGGCCACACAGACAAGCGCUGGCAAGACUUUGCAGCGGCAACGGCAGCGGCGGCAACAAAGGCUCUUCUA